CCGGGACGUCGGAAGGUCCGCCGCCCGCCGAUCGACGUGGGUGGUGCUACUGCGACAGCAAGGCCCUUUUGCUCUUUUCCGCCACCACCUCAAGACCAACGACGGCUGGGGGAGCACGAUGGUCGCCAUUCACCGAUUCUUGGGCGUCGAGGAGCUCGUCUUCGACCCCGCUCAUGGCUAUGUCACGUCCCCGCUCUUCUCCCCUGUUGUACUUGCCUCAAUCCGUCUGCUCCUGGGGUUCUACGCGCUCGUCACUCUGAUCUUCGAGCUUGCAUGGGACGGAACACACUUCCCGGAGGACUUGGAUUCAUAUUUCUCGUACUUCACGCACCUCUCGUACAUCGGCCUCUGCAGCUAUUUCUUCGCUGCUGGCGUGCAAACGCUCUUCUAUGCAAGAUCUGGACAAACAUCAUACCCUUUGCAAUACUGGCCCAAGUUUCUCCAGGCCCUUCAUGUACUCUUAUUCGCCACCAUCGCCACCUUUCCCAUCAUUGUAACUGCCGUAUUCUGGGGUCUUCUCUCCUCGCCCGAUACGAUGAGCACGACCUACUCAGCCUGGGGGAACAUCUCCGUUCAUGCAAUGAACCUCAUCUUCGCUAUUCUUGAGGUUUUCCUCACGAAUAUUCCGCUCAUGCCCUGGAUGGCGCUUCCAUGCAACAUCGUAUUUUUGGCCGGCUAUCUUGGGGUUGCGUACAUCACGUACGGCACUCAAGGGUUCUAUACCUACUCCUUCCUCGACCCUGUCAAGCAAGGCCCCUACCUCGCCGCCUACAUCGUCGGCAUCGCGGUCGGCGAGGUCAUCAUCUUCUCCAUUGUCCGCGGUCUCAUCAUCCUCCGUAUGCGCUUGUGCCAGAGGCUGCGGAAGACGGCGCCUUACGAGGAUAAAGUCAGGGAGCCCUCGAGCCCUGAGGUCGAGCAGUGCGAGCUGGACCCCGUCACGUCGCGAGAAAAGAAGACCAUGUCGCUCGUAUAGGUGCCCUUCCAAAUCUGUAGGUUUACCAGCUUAGCUCGGCGUUUUUCUCGCUUUGCGUCUCUCCUUAUUCGUUCAGCUGUUGUACCAUUGUACAUCGUGGCGUGGGCCCAUAUCCCUUUCUCAUGUAGGCAUGUGAGGACAUGUGGACUGUUGUUGUAUCGUUGCAAUAUCAUAUAUAAGCUCGUCUGGCAUAGGCAUGGAAUUGAUGAUUCUUCACGGUGCAA